AUGGCGGCACAGUCACUAGUCACUAACCUCCAUAGAUGUACUGCACUGGAUCCAAGGUUCAAGUCCCUGUCUCACCUAGACCCUGCCCUACACCGGAGGACAUACAGUGAUCUCACCACUGAGAUUGUGGCCACCGAAGAGGGUCAAGCCACAGAGCCGACAGGAGCAGACUCCGAGGCAUCUCCGCCACAAAAUCAUUUGGCCAUGAAGGAGCGUUUCGGGGGGAACUUUGUGAGCAAGGACACGGGCAAGACGUUUGCCAACACCAUCAAAGAGGAGGUGGCAUCCUACAAGGCAGCAAGCAGCAUUCCAGUGGGCGGUGAGCCACUGGCAUGGUGGAAAAACAACGAGUGUAAAUACCCUCACAUUGCCAUGAUGGCAAGAUGCUACCUGGCUGUGCCUGGCACUUCAGACCCUAGCGAGAGGGUGUUCUCCACAGCAGGGGACAUAGUGACUGCAAAGAGGUCGACCCUCUCCCCAGACAAUGUAGGCAUCCUCAUCUUUUUGAAAAUGAAUUUGAAGUUAUAAGCUCAGGUCUGCUUUGCUUUCUGAUGUGGACACAGGCACAUUUUUUCAUACACUAUUGUUCAACGGAAGAAGGUAUCAUGCCUCAUAUUGCACUUUAAUUAAACAAUUGAGUAUUGAAUAUUUAAGAUUUUAUUUCAACGUUGAAAGGUUCCUUGCUCUAAGUAAUACAUGUAAAGCAAAGUUAGAUUUGUCUCCUCUUUGUUUUGUUGCUGAUCCGAAUACUAAUCCCAUCCGUGACUCAAAACCGCGAUCCGAAUACCGAUCCCAUCCGUGACUCAAAACCGCGAUCCGAAUACCGAUCCCAUCCGCGACUCAAAACCGCGAUCCGAAUACCGAUCCCAUCCGCGACUCAAAACCGCGAUCCGAAUACCGAUCCCAUCCGCGACUCAAAACCGCGAUCCGAAUACCGAUCCCAUCCGCGACUCAAAACCGCGAUCCGAAUACCGAUCCCAUCCGCGACUCAAAACCGCGAUCCGAAUACCGAUCCCAUCCGCGACUCAAAACCGCGAUCCGAACCGGGAGUUGUGUAAUCUGCUGCACCACUAACUCCAAAUCAAGUUGUAGAAACAGCUCAAGGAUGUUCAACGGAA